CAGGCACACAGUGCCGGAGAAGAUGCUCUCCAGGGCCCUCUUCAUGGUCACCUCCUGCCUUCUCCUGGCUCCCCAAAACCUGGCACAAGUCACCAGCCAAGAUGUCUCCUUAGUAGCCUUGGACUCAGAGCCCCUGAAUUGUUUCUCCCGAACAUUUGAGGAUCUCACUUGCUUCUGGGAUGAGGAAGAGGCAGCACCCAGUGGGACAUACCAGCUGCUGUAUGCCUACCCAGGGGAGAUGCCCCGGGCCUGCCCCCUGAAUUCCCAGAGUGUGCCCCCCUUUGGAACCAGAUAUGUGUGCCAGUUUCCUGCCCAGGAUGAAAUACGCCUCUUCUUUCCACUGCACCUCUGGGUGAAGAAUGUGUUCCUAAACCAGAAUAAGACCGAGCGAGUGCUCUUUGUGGAUAGUGUGGGCCUGCCAGCUCCCCCCAGUAUCAUUGAGGCCAGAGGUGGGAGCCAGCAAGGGGAACUUCAGGUCAGCUGGGAGGCCUCGGCUCCUGAAAUCAGUGAAUUCCUGAGGCAUGAACUCCGCUACAGCCCCAAGGAUUCCAAGAACUCCACUGGUCCCACAGUCAUGCAGCUGAUGGCCACAGAAACCUGCUGCCCCACUCUGCAGAGGCCAAACUCGGCCCCUGCUCUGGACCAGCCUCCAUGUGCUCAGCCCACAAUGCCCCGACAGGAUGGACUCAAGCAGACUUUCCCAACUACAGAAGUUCCAUCUCUGACAGUGAUGGGAGGAAGCUGCCUCAUCUCAGGGCUCCAGCCUGGCAGAUCCUACUGGCUCCAGCUACGCAGCCAACCAGAUGGGGUCUCCCUCCGUGGCUCCUGGGGAUCCUGGUCCUCCCCUGUGACUGUGGACCUGCCUGCAGAUGCAGUGGCAAUUGGACUGCAAUGCUUUACCUUGGACCUGAAUAAAGUCACCUGUCAGUGGCGGCAACAGGACCAUGCUAGCUCCCAAGGCUUUUUCUACCACAGCAGGGUGCAGUGUUGCUUCAGAGAUAGGUACCCCAUCUGGCAGAAGUGUGAAGAGGAAGAGAAAACAAAUACAGGAUUACAGACCCCCCAGUUCUCUCGCUGCCACUUCAAGUCACAAAAUAACACUGUUAUUCACGUUCUUGUGGAGGUGACCACAGCCCAGGGUGCUGUUCACAGCUACCUGGGAUCCCCUUUUUGGAUCCACCAGGCCGUGCUCAUCCCCACCCCAAACUUGCACUGGAAGGAGGUCUCCAGUGGGCAACUGGAAUUGGAGUGGCAGCACCCAUCAUCUUGGGCAGCUCAAGAGACCUGCUAUCAACUCCGAUAUACAGGAGAAGGCCAUCAGGACUGGAAGGUUCUGGAGCCGCCUCUCGGAGCCCAGGGAGGGACCCUGGAGCUGCGCCCGCGAUCUCGCUACCGUUUACAGCUGCGCGCCAGGCUCAACGGCCCCACCUACCAAGGCCCCUGGAGCUCCUGGUCCGACCCAGCGAGGGUGGAGACCGCCUCGGAGACCGCCUGGAUCUCCUUCGUGAUUGCUCUGCUCCUCGUGAUGGGCCUCAGCGCCCUUCUGGGACUGCUGUUGCUGAGGUGGCAGUUUCCUGCGCACUACAGGAGACUGAGGCAUGCCCUGUGGCCCUCACUUCCAGACCUGCACCGGGUCCUAGGCCAGUACCUUAGGGAUACUGUGGCCCUGAGUCCGCCUAAGGCCACUGUCUCAGAUACCUAUGAAGAAGUGGAACCCAGCCUCCUGGAAAUCCUACCUAAAUCCUCAGACAGAAGCCCUUUGCCCCUGUGUUCCUCCCAGACCCAGAUGGACUAUCGAGGAUUGCAGCCUUCUUGCCUGGGGACCAUGCCCCUAUCCGUGUGCCCACCCAUGGCUGAGUCAGGGUCCUGCUGUACCACCCACAUUGCCAACCAUUCCUACCUACCACUAAGCUGUUGGCAGCAGCCCUGAGGGUGGGCUCCUCACUCCCAGUACCCUGGGCAGAUCUUAAUCCUCUGGAUCUCUUUGUGAAUCUCUCUAUCCUACCAACCCCCAACAUAAACACAUCAGACCUCACCUCCAUCCCCCUCUGCCUACACUUAAAGUUGGGCUUCACAGCUCUGAUCUACCCAUAUUGCUGCUAACAUAAACCCAGGACUUUUCUGUACAGACAGGCUCACUUGACUAAGCUACUCCAACUUUUACCUUUGUUCUCUCUUUAAUGCCAAACUCCUUGAAAACAAGUCUCUACGUCUUCACUUGCUAUUUACUUGUCAGACUAUUGCAAUUAGUUCCCCCACUACUACUUUGCUAAUGAAACUGCCCAGGCAAAGUUCACCUCAAAUCGUCUAAUUACAAGAUCCAAUGGAAUCUUGUUAAUCAUCAGUUUAUUUGAUCUCUCUGUAGCAUUCGUCAUGUUUGACUACUCAUUUCUCUUUUAAAUUUUCUCCUACCUUGAUUUCCAUAAUAUUACUUUCUCUCCUGGCUCAGCUCCUACUCCUUUGAGUACAUGCAUAGUUAAGAGGAUAAACUCUGGAGACAGAGCUAAGUUCAAUUCCUAUCUUUCACACUUGUUAACUGUGCAGCCUUGGGAAAAUAACUUAAUGUCUUUGAGCCUUAGUUUUCUGAAAUAUAAAACAGGGUUAAUAACAGUACCUGAGUUGUGAAGAGGAUUAAGUGAGAUAAUAUAAAUAAAUCACCAUGCCUAACACAUAGUAAAUGUUUAAUAUAUCUGAACUACUAUUGUAAUUGUUCCUUCUCUUUUUUUCUUUUUUAAAAUUUAAGUGUCCACAAGAAGCAUUGAUUUUUCUCUCUUAUUCUGGUUUCUUCUACUCCUUAAUUAUUGCAGACCCUCAAGAACCCAUUCUUAACACAGUCUUUAAUCCCAUCUAUUCUUAUUGCCUUUAUUAUAUGUUGACCAUUCCAAAAAAAUUUUUUUCUUGGGACAGAGUCUCACUUUGUCACCCUCAGUAGAGUGCAAUGGCAUCACAGCUCACACUCUUGCCUCAGCCUCCCAAGUAGCUGUGAUUAUAGGCACCCGACACAACACCCAGCUAUUUUUUAGAGACAGGUCUCUAAAAAAGACAGUCUCACUCUUGCUCAGGCUGGUCUUGAACUUGUGAGCUCAGGCAAUCCACCCGCCUCUGCCUCCCAAGUGCUGGGAUUACAGGCAUGAGCCACCAUGCCCAGCUCAUUCCAAAGUUCUUGUCCCCAUCCAGACUUCUACUACAGCAUCAAUGAUACUUUAUGAAAGUAACUGUUUACAUAUGUGUCUCCCACUAGUAGAUUGUGAGCUCCUUGAGGGCAAGAGCCAUGAUUUAUUUGUCCUUUUCCCCCAAUACCCAGAGUAAUGCUUGGUGCAUGAUAGUAGACCUUCAAUAAAUGAAU